AUGGCUGUAAAAUUCAAACAGUCUAGCACGUUUAUCAUCUUCUCCCGACCCUUUCACGAAACUGCAAAUCGCAAAGUCUUAUUCUGGAAUGAAGAUCCGAAGAAGGACCUUGUUUUCAAAGCUGAAAUUCAGAUCUCUAAUCCGAAGGGCCAGGAGUACACUAUCAUCCCAAGCACGGGACGAGUCGAGCCUAAUAAGAGCAUCAGACUUACAUUGACGAGGCAUGCCAUGACAGAAGACCCCGGACCGUGUACAGACUUGUUCAAACUCAAGAGCUGUCUCGUUGCACCGACCACAAAGAUCAAGGACUUGGACUCAUAUUGGGAGGGAAAGCGCAAGAGUUCAAGCGAGGUACAUGUUCAGCGUUUGCGGUUGACCUGGCUGCAGGAUCCAAAUAGCGAAGCAGGAAAUGCCGUAAAAGUGAAACCUGAGAGCGCUAUUAUCAUUCCUACCAAUGCCCGGAUCCACGCUAUCCCAAGUGGUGGCUUUGAGAUUCACAAUCCAAGAUCCAAUGUGAUUUUGUACAGAUUUGGCUUCACGUUUACAGGUCGAACUCAAGGGAUGGUGCGUCCUUCGGAUACGCGCGAAUUUCAAGUUCGCUGUCGUGCUGGAACGUUUUUGACACCCCUAGAUAAACUUGUGAUAUUAACUGCCGAGCUACCCUCAGGCGUGGACGUAUCCCAAUUAACACAGGGGAUAAAACCAAUAUCUGAUGUUUGGCUCCACGAGAAGAAUCUGGGGGUAACCCACCACACGCUGAGGGUUGUAAAGGGUCAGGUACAGAAGGAGUCGAGGAUCGAAGACGAAGAAGCGGAGCUGCUUAUGGAUUGCUCGGAAGAAGAGGAACUGGGUGAGUUGGAUAUUCACGACGACAAUAUUGACUUUUCGUUGACUAGGGAUUCGCAGAAUGAAGGCAUGAUAAUGACGCUUUACCGAGCUGGUUAUAAGAUACUGCCGAAUAAUUGA